CAUGAUUCUCGAGGAAAUGGAGGAUGACGGCAACAUGGUCGUCUGGGAUAACUUGACGGUCAAUGUUCAACAAGAACGAGAUUUUCUGAGAACUAUUUGGAGAAAAUUUCGAAGAAGAGAAUAUGAAGAAUCUUUGACCAUACUGAAAGGAGUGAGUGGUUAUGCUGUGACAGGGAAUCUGGUUGCUAUAAUGGGACCAAGUGGUGCUGGGAAAACUACGUUUCUGGCUUCUUUGGCUGGAAAAGUUAUACCGACAGCUGGAUCGGUGACAAUAAAUGGACAAACUAUUUCACGAGAGACUAUGUCGAAAGUGUCCAGCUACCUACCACAAUUCGACGCUCUACCAACCUCGCUCACAGUAGAGGAACACUUAUUGUUCUCGUACGCGUUAAAGAUGAAUGCGAGCAGAGCACAGAGGAGGUUAUUGUCAACGAAAUUAUCGAUGGAGCUGGGACUGAUCGAUUGCAAAGAUGUGCUGAUAUCGAGGCUAUCUGGUGGCCAGAGGAAACGACUCUCUUUGGCCAGUGAGUUGAUCACCAGGCCAAAGAUUGUGUUCCUUGACGAACCAACUACAGGUUUGGACACGUUUUCUGCGCUGCAAGUGGUACAUGCAUUGAGGUCUGUAAGCCUGGAGUCUAUAGUGUUUUGCACGAUUCAUCAGCCAGGAAUGGACAUAUACAAUUUAUUUAGUCACGUGCUGUUCUUAUCUGAUGGGAAAACUGGUUAUAUUGGAACUGUGGAAGAUGCUACAAAAUUUUUCCUCGGCCUAGGUUACGAAUGCCCGGUUGGCUUCGACGAGUCCGAGUACUACAUAAAACUCUUAUCUCCGGGAAACCCCGAAACGACCGCGACAAAUCCCAGUCGCGAGGACACUGGACCUAGAGAACUUAUCGAUAAGAUAUGUCGAGCAUUCUCGCGAUCUUCUCUCUCGAGGAUUCCCGAAAUCACGAACAGCAGGGAGUUGGAAAUCGAACCGCAGAGGAAAGCAGGAUACUUUUUUUAAUUUUCUUGGUUAACGUGGAGGAUUUGGGUCCAGAAUCGAAGAACUAUCUUUGACGGAUGGAUCUCCUGGCUUUCUUACAUCCUCUCCAUGGCGGCGGUGGCCACUUUUUAUACGGGAAUUAAUCCGAGCACGCAGGAGGGCGUGCAGAACGUGAGGGGUGCACUGUACAUGAUGAGCUCUGAAAUUUCGUUCACGGUCGCCUACUCCGUGAUUUACGAAUUCCCUGGCCAACUUUUGAUUUAUCUACGCGAGAACGGCGUUUAUGGCUGUGGGCCCUACUACGCCGCCACGUUCUGCGGUCUGGUGCCAAAAGCUACUUUUAAGGCCCUGAUUUUUACAGCAGUGAUAUAUUUCAUUCUGGUUACAGAAAUAAAUUUGUCCAACUUUUUAUUUUACUGUUUAACCACAUCGGUAGCUGCACUUUGCGGCACGGCAUACGGUUUAAUGUUCUCUAUUUUGAUCGAGGAUAUAGAUGUCGCUACGUCCAUAAUGGUGCCCAUAGACAUGUUGUUCCUGUUAACCGCUGGCAUGUUUUACAAUCUAAGGUCGCUGCCCACAUAUCUGUCGUGUUUUAAAUAUUUCUCGAUAUUCUUUUACCUGAACGAGGCCCUUUCCAUAAUUUAUUGGUCACGAGUAGACGACAUUGGUUGUCUAACGUCUAGUGACUUGCCUUGUUUACGAAAUGGAAAAGAGGUGCUCUAUGAAUACGGAUUCGAGGAAAGAAACAUCGUCUGGGAUUUGAGUGGCCUGAUAAUUUUAACAAUCGUAAUGAAUCUCAUUGGCUACCUUGGUCUACGAAGAAGGAGAAAAAUUAGAAUGAUAUUAUAA